UUAUUUUAUAGGUUAAUGCAUAAGUGGUGAACUUGUUGUGCAAAUAUUUGUAUUUUUCGAAAUGUCGGACCAUUCUGCAUGGGUGGAGUUACUGAAGUCAGCACGCAAAACUUCAUUACUACAAGAUGAAAAAAGAAAGAUUCAUUUCACAAUGCCGGAUGGUACAGAAUUAUGUGAGGAGUAUGACGUUAAAACAAAUGAACUUCUGAUUCGAAAAUGGCGGAAAAAGACUGCACUUGGUGGUCAGAAACCAUGGGAGUUUGAAAUAGGUGAACCAGAUAUAACGGACCAGGUUGCUGCAUUGACACAUGGGACCAAAGACUUAGUUGAGAGCUUUACCAGUCCAAAGUGUUUUCGCUGCGACAACAGUCUAUCUUUUCAAUGGAGAAUUCGCAAUCUACCUUACCCCUUGUCCAAUUUCCAAGUAUCAGUUGAUGCUGAUGGAAAAUCUAUUGUGGUUCGAACAAAAAACAAGAAAUAUUACAAAGUUAUAAAUAUACCAGAUAUGGAUCGGUAUAAUUUGCAACUUAGUCAAUCUGAUUUAACAUUUGCACACGCAAACAACACCUUAAUUAUACAGUAUAAAAAACCUGAGACAAUAAAAAAGGACCAGACUCUGUUGGUUCAGGAAUUUAAGCGAAUGAAAACGGGAAAAGAUGGUGAUACUGAAUGUAAAACAAGUUAAUUUCCAAUAGCUUCGUUUAAUAUUUGCUGAAAUUGUAUCAUGUUGUAUCAUGGUAUAUUGGUAUUUAUUUGCGUUCAUUAGUGCAACCAAAAAAGAAGUAAGUUAAAAGCUUCAAAUUAAAACGCAACUGGAGGUUGAAAAAGUUAAUAAAUCUUCUACUUUUCGCCUAAACCACCCAAAUUACACUUUAUUGAUGUACCGUAGUAUGAUGAGAAAUAACCAAACUCUUCUAAAACAAAGCACUAGGUAACGCCAUUUUAAAUUCGUUUUUAGUUCAAUGAAUUUUAGAUUGAAAACGUUUUUUUGUUUAAAGGGGGCCCUCAUGACCCUUAAACCCCUCCGGUUGUGCCGUUGUAUGCAUCUCUGUUGGACUCAAUGUAGCAAUUUAAUGUUCUGUUUUAAAUUAUUUUCAAAAUCCACUGUUUUAUAUUUUUCAAUAAAAUAUCUGACAAAUUCA